AUGGACAUGGAUUUUCUACCUCACAGUUUCGCGAUCUUCACAGCGAGUGGAUUAUGGAGAUCCCUGAGAUGGUCAUCGGGGCUGAAGAAACAUGUAUACGAUUGUUACACCUUUCUUAUCCUCGUUAUUGUGUAUUUAUUUGGUUUCAUGGAAUUUGUCGAUGCAAUGUGCGACUUCGGAAACGUUGAGGAGAUGGUUAGCGCGUCUUUCAUGCUUCUCACGACAGGUAAUACAUUUUGUAAGGCUCUUAACAUGAUGAACCGACGGAAAGAUAUUAAUAUUUUUGCAAUAUUGAAUGACGACGUUUGUCGGAGUAAGAACCAAGAAGAAGACGAGAUUCAAACCAAGAUUAAUAUUCGCAUCAGGUGGGUUUGCACAUCGCGUUGUGCUCGUGUUAAGAGUGCAGUUGUUACGAUAACAAUAUCGUCAGUAAAACAGAAUGUACCCGAUCGUACAUUACCAUUCAAAGCUUGGAUACCAUUGAACUACAGUUCAGAUAACGUCUAUUGGUAUUUCUAUUAUUAUCAAGUGAUAGCAUACACCACAGUGGGAAUAAUUUCCAUAGGCUACGAUACAAUGGUGGCUGGAAUUAUGCUGCUCACUGGUGCACAGUUGAAAAUCUUCAAGUUCAGGUGUGAAAAUAUGCUCGCAAAUGUCGAGGAGGAGCAGAAAAAAUCAAAUUUGUCUAAAGUAGAUCUGGAGAGGAAAAUUCUGAAGCAAUCCGUGUGGCAUCACAAGACUAUCCUCCAGUAA